AUGUCGGGUGUGGGCUGGCCGCAGGGCUCCUGGGCCGCGGGGCGGCGCUGGAGCCGCUACCUGCGGCGGGCUAGGUCGCCCGGCAACGCGGCGGACGCGGCGGGACCCGCGGCCAUGGCCUCCAAGGGGAGCAAGAAGAAGGAGCUGGGUAGCCGCAGCAGCUCCGGGCUGCUGGGCGCCCCCGCCAAAGAGGCAACUAUGUCUUCCCAUGUAGGCGCUUCCAAUGAGAAGUGGAGAUUUCCUAUUUGGCCAGAAUGGAAUGAAGCAGAUAUUAAUGCAGAAAAAUGGGAUACUGGAAAAGCUGGAAAAGAGAAAGAAAAAACUGGAAAAAGUCCCACUUCAUAUGUCUUUGAGGAUCCUGAAGGAAAAAUAGAAUUGCCACCAUCCUUAAAAGUUCAUUCAUGGAAACGUCCACAUGAGUUUUUAACAAAUAAGAUUCCUGUGGUUGUCAAAAAUGAAACCUCAUUUGACCUUUUUUCAGCAAAUGAGCAUAUAUUCUGUAGUGAGCUGAUGAGAUGGAUUAUAAGUGAAAUUUAUGCAGUCUGGAGGAUAUAUAAUGAAAAGGCCUUAACUAGUGGAACAUCCAUACUUUUUUGGAAACCAUGGGAACACAUUUAUGCCUUAUGUAAAGCUACCAGGGGACACAUGCCACUGUAUAAUAGCUAUGGAAAAUACGUAGUGAAACUUUAUUGGAUGGGAUGCUGGAGAAAGAUCGUUGUGGAUGACACUAUGCCUUUCAAUGAAGAGGGUAAUUUGUUACUGCCAGCUACAACCUAUCAAAUUGAACUUUGGCCAAUGUUGCUGUCCAAAGCUAUCAUUAAGCUGGCAAAUACUAGUAUACAUGAAACUGGAAAAAGAGAGCUGGAGGAAUUUACAGUUCUACAUACACUGACUGGAUGGAUACCAGAAGUUAUUCCUCUCCAGCCUGGAUACUUGGACAAAAUCUGGGGCUUUUUGAAAGAGAUUGUGCCAGAAUUCAAGUUGCCAAAUAAGAAAACUCCAGAACUUGAUAUUCCUCAGUCAGAUACAAAACCUAAAGAGGUCAAAGUCUCAGAAUUAAAAAACGAAGCUUCAUCUGUGAAUAAGCAGUCAGAUAAACCUGAGAAAGCAGAGAAAGCUGAGAAAAUUGGCAAAGAAAAAGCAGAGCAGAGAGAAAUUGGAAAGAAGAAAAGCAGAGAAGGAGAAAAAGAAAAAAAGUUAGCAGUUCAGUCUUCACAAAUGUUGGCAGAAGCCCAACAUUCUCUUCAGACCUUAGCUGAAAAGUCUUCUGUGCUGACCCAGCCAGAAAUGGCUGUGUAUGCUGGCUGUAUACCACUACAUUUGUUUGAAGAGGAUAUUUUUUCAUUACGGCAGAUGGCUGAUUCUUCAGAGAAGCUGAGGCAAUAUGGGCUUUCCCACAUAUACAGCCACCCUGUCCUGAUUACCAGAACUAGGUCCUGUCCUCUGGUAGCACUGCCACAACCACCACCAGUUCCUCGUUGGAAGCUUUUCCGUCAGAAAAAGGAAACUGUUGUGACAUCUGAACCUCAAGAGCCUGUGGUAAAGAAACCUGAAGAAUAUGUUGAGAUUGCUAGCCUAUUUUUGAAUUACAAAUUGAAUCUUAUCACAAUACCCACAGACAUCCACUUUCCACAGUCUACCAUCAAAAAAGGAUUUCAUUCCAUAUCCUGUCUCCCUCCUGUUACUGAAAGUGAUGAAAAUAUAAGUGACAGUAAUGUGGAUGUGAAUCAAAGUGGGAGACACUCAAAUGCAGAUGAUUAUUCUCAGGAGACCACCCUCUUUUGGCAGCAAAAUGCAGAGAAUGCCAGUAUAGAAGAAUUACAUGAGAAUAUCACUUUUGAUGUAAAACAAAUGUCAGAAACAGCUGAUACUGGUAUGAACAGCCAGAGAAGUGAUAAAUCAAAGGAAGAAAUUGAGUCAGAAAGGACUUCUGUUUCUAGGAAAACCUGGAUUAGCUUUGAAGACUUCUGUGUUUGUUUCCAGAACCUGUAUGUUUUCCACAAGCCAUAUACAUAUGCUUAUAACUAUCAGAAGACAAACUUUAAGUCUACUGAUGACCGAGUAUUCUAUUAUUUACUUGUGGACAGUCUGAUGCCCAUUGAAAUCCUGGUUAGCUUUUCUGCGUUGGUACGCUGGGAUGAUACUGGAGGUGCUAAACAAGAAUGUUCUAGUAUUUCAAAGGGUGUUCUGAUAGUUGAACAUUUCUCUUGGAAAUGUGUGACUCCUGGAAAACUUGUGUUAAAGAUGCAUACAUCCUCAACCAAGGCUACUGUGUUAAAUCUUCCUGUUGGGCGACACGUACUGCUCUUCACAGUAAGUUCUCCCAUAGGGCACCAUAUUCAUCUCUGUAGCAUGGUGCCAUGUGUCUUUGGAGAGGAGGAUGCUGUGAUGCCAGGUCUUGAAAAGGAGAGCUACCGGUUUAUAGAACAGGCUACAGCAAUCCUGAAAGCGGUUGGAAAUGUGGUAAAUAAUUUCAGCAGUAAGCCUGAACUUUCUAAAGCCUUGAAGGAGUUGGAACUAACUCAUUGUCCUCCUGGCCUCCAUGGUACUGGAAUGGCUGACAAACACUUCAAGGUUUUCAAUAGUUCACUUUGGUAUUUGAUCAAAUACGUAUUAGGCAAGAAGGCUCCAUACGCCUAUAAAUUUGCCUUCAGGUCCUUCACUUUGGAUUUUAAAGACACUGAGGUUUCUGAGGAUGACACUGUGUCUUCAGAGAGUUGUGAGAAGAAUUCCCUUAGUAGUUGGCAGAACCGAACUCCCACUUCUGAAGAAGAAGCAGCAGCUCUUAAAAUUCAAGCCAUCUGGAGAGGCACUUAUGUUCGUAAAGUACUGAACAGCAGAAAACCAGGUACAAAAGAAAACACUAAUGUCAAAGAAACCUUGCAAAAAUUGUGGACUGCAAUUGAGUUAAAUUUUGAACAGUGUGCUGUAAUGCUGUUAAGAGAAAUGUUUAAAAGCAACUGUAAAUCAAUGGAAAAGUUUCCUUGUUAUGAAGAUGAAUCAUGUAAGAUCUCUUUCGCUGACUAUGCUGUAGUGUAUGCCGAUCAGCCACCAAACGUGUGGUUCGUGGUUUUUAGAGAAAUAUUUCUUGUUCCAGAAGACAUGCUUAUAGUGCCAAAGGUGUAUACCACUAUCCCUUCCUGUAGACUUCAUGUUGUUGAUAAUGACACACUGGAGGAAAUGCCACAUGUCUUUUUCAAAGUGGCACCUCGUAUUUAUCCCAAAAAUAAGAAAGGAUACACAUUUAUGGCUGAAGCACAUACUGGUGACCUUCCUGUGGCAGCUGGAAGAUGGAGGCUCCGGCUCAUCGGUUCUCAUAGUCCACUCCCAUUCCUCUCUCGUGAGGCUGUAAAUAAUGUCUUUUCUACUAAAGAAAUUAGAGAGUAUUACAUACCCAAUGACAGGCAUGUAAUGUUCAGGUAUUCAGUAAAAGUCACAGCAUCCCAUAUUGCUACAGUGCAGGUACAAACCUCUAAAUCAGAUGUAUUCAUUAAACUGGAAGUCCUAGAUAAUGAGGAAGAAAUUGUGAGUGUCACUGGAAAGGGCCAUGCAGUCAUCCCUGCUUUUAAAUUCUUGAGUAAUGAAACGCUUUUGAGUUCUCACUCAAGCAAAACCCAGAUUAUUCAAAGUAUUACAAAGAAAGAAUCAGAAACUGGAGGAUCAAAAAAAAAAGGUCAUAUUUCAUCUUUAAAGGACACCAAAACUUCUUUCAAGCCAGGACUUGUACAAGAAGGUCUACCUGCAUCAGAAGAUGAAUCUUUCCUCUUGGAAAACUUUCAAAAUAAUGAUGGAAGUCCACAACAAUCUCACAAGUAUAUCAUACAAGCAUUGGUGUUGUAUAAUAGUUGGCCACUUACGGAGAGUCAGUCUCUGUUUGUUCAGGAACUGAAAGAAAUGGAGAAAAAUGAGAUCAAAGUACAUGGGGAAAAGCAUGAGGAGCACAGCUUAAUGCUCAAUUAUUCUGAAGGACAAAAGUCUGCAAGUAUUCCUAAACCAACCAGAAAAGCAAAAGAUAAAGCAUCUGAGAAGACAGAAAAAGAGAAGUCUAAUAAAGAAAGAGGAUCACUUGUAUCUCUUGCAUCUCGGCCUGAAUCUCAGCAAGUUGCUUCAAACAAACCGUACUGGACUUUACGUCUAGUUAGUGAACAGAGAGAGGCUGACGUUCUGGAGGUGAAGAAGGACACCCAGCGAGCAGAUGAGAUCAGAGCCAUGAAACAAGCAUGGGAGUCUGCAGAGCCAGGAAGGGCUAUCAAGGCUUUUCAGGAACGCAUGCGGUUUCUUAAUAAGUAUGCUGUGAGAGAUUCAGAGGAGCCCAUAGCUGGGACUGAGACUGCCAGUUUAACACCUAGUUCAGGAGAAACAGAUUCUCUUACGGCAGGAAAGAGAGCAUCACAAGCAGCUACUGACUCAAGGUUACAAACGCAGCAAAAAAAAUGGGAGCCUAUAGACCUUAGUCCUUACAUGAGGAAAACAACAUCUGAGUCUGCAUUAAGAAAUGAGUCUAUCAUUCAACAGCAAGAGAUACGUAAAGCAGAAAAAAUCAACCGUUUUAGGGAACUUCGAGAGCUGGCUUUGGAACAAAGAGAAAAAGAACAAAAGGCCAGAGCUUUACUGAAGCAAAAUAUACUUGAUAUGUACGAAAAUCUGCAGGCGUCCUUAGAUGAAACACGAGGCAGAGUUCACAGCAUUCGGGAAGCAUACAGAAGUAAGCUGCUCGAGGCUGAGCGCAGAAAACAAGAAGAGCUGGCAGCUCAUGAAGCAGUCCUGCAAGCAGAGCAAGAGAAGAGAAGUCCAAAUGCACACAAAAAAAAGCAUGGGAAAGGUUUAGGGAAAAAAAAGUAAUUGCUAGCACUACUAAACUGUAUUUAGCGGUUAGGAAGGGAAAGUUUACAUGCAAAGAUGAGAAAGAAUGUUUGUUAUUUUCCAGUAUUUUUGUCAGCUAUGUCACAUUUUAUCUCUUUGCCUGGUGCUAGUGAAAAAAAUUGAUCUAGUAUUCUUCUUUUUAACCAAGUGUUUGAUAUUUCGCUUCUCAUAAAGGUACUCACUACUAUUAAAGUUUGCAUGUUUU